GAUGGUUAAAUUAGAAUUGUUUUCAGUCUUAAUUGUUCUUUUGCUUAGCAUAAGUUGCACCCAAGCAGCCCCAGCAAAAUCAUAUUCUUCAAUCGGAAAUCCUGAGUAUCCAAAAGGUAUCAAUAUCCCGAGCAAUUUCACCCUUCCAGAUGGAAUUGUUUUUAAAUUUGUGUUAUAUACUGGUGGAAUUGCCAACUAUAUAUGCGAUACUGCUAGUGGUCAAUGGAUAGAGAUAGCGAACGUAACUGUUCUUGGUAGUUCACCAUCAUCUAAUCCAGAAAAUUAUCAUGAUGAAAUUCUUUUAGUUGAAAAUACCACAGGACAAGGGGCAUUUUCAGAUAUUACCCAUGUUAUUCUAACAGAUUGGAAUGGCGGAGCAGCACCAGCAAUUAAUUUAUGUGGUACUGACUAUCCAAAUAGUUAUGUCUAUGCUUCAAAAUUCACUACAACUCUCUUAUUCUAUCAUCAUGGGCAAAGUAGUACAUGA